UCGGAUUUCCCUUAGGUCUUGGGACUCACUUAACGUACAGCAACAGCUCGCAAACCAAGUUUGCACUUGCUGCACUCCAGGCUGCUAUGCUGCCUUUUCCUUUUAGACACUUUGCCAAGCCCCUGCGGAGAUGCUGCCAGGCUGGGGGGAAUUUGCGGGCCCAGCACAGCAAAGCAGCUGCAGCGUCUGCCAAGGAGACGGCAGGAUGGACCGGGCAGGAGAGCUUGGCGGAGAGCGACCCUGAGAUGUGGGAGCUGGUGCAGCAAGAGAAGGACCGGCAGUGCCGGGGGCUGGAACUCAUCGCCUCGGAGAAUUUCUGCAGCCGAGCUGCAUUGGAGGCUCUCGGAUCCUGCCUCAACAAUAAAUAUUCAGAGGGAUACCCUGGCAAGAGGUAUUAUGGUGGUGCUGAAGUGGUCGACCGUAUUGAGCUGCUGUGUGAACGCCGUGCUCUUGAGGCUUUCGACCUGGACCCUGAGCGCUGGGGGGUAAACGUCCAGCCCUACUCGGGGUCGCCAGCCAACUUUGCUGCCUACACAGCCUUGCUGCAACCCCACGAGCGUCUCAUGGGCCUGGACUUGCCCGAUGGAGGCCACCUGACACAUGGGUAUAUGUCUGAUGUCAAGCGUAUCUCGGCCACCUCCAUCUUCUUCGAGUCCAUGCCCUACAAACUAAAUCCAGCGACGGGACUGAUAGAUUAUGACCAGCUAGAAGUGACUGCCCGACUCUUCCGCCCACGUCUUGUCAUUGCCGGGACCAGUGCCUAUGCCCGCCUUAUCGACUAUGCCCGCAUCAAGAAGGUGUGCGAAGAGGUGAAGGCCUACCUGCUGGCUGACAUGGCCCACAUCAGUGGCCUGGUGGCAGCCAAAGUCAUCCCAUCUCCAUUUGACUAUGCUGACGUGGUGACCAGCACGACUCACAAGACGCUACGUGGUGCGAGGGCUGGGCUGAUCUUCUACCGCAAAGGUGUCCGUUCUGUGGACAAGAAGACUGGCAAGGAGGUUCCCUACAACCUGGAGGAGAGAAUCAACUUUGCUGUCUUUCCCUCUCUGCAAGGAGGGCCCCAUAACCACGCUAUUGCUGCUGUUGCUGUAGCACUGAAACAGGCCAGUUCACCCAUGUUCCGGGAGUAUUGCCAGCAGGUACUCAAGAAUGCCAAGGCCAUGGCAGAGGCGUUGCUACAGCGAGGAUACACUCUGGUUUCAGGUGGCACUGAUAACCACCUGUUGCUUGUGGACCUGCGACCAAAAGGCCUAGAUGGGGCCCGGGCUGAACGGGUCUUGGAACUCGUGUCCAUAACGGCUAACAAGAACACCUGUCCUGGAGACAAGAGCGCCUUAACACCUGGUGGCCUGCGUCUUGGAGCACCUGCACUUACCUCCCGACAGUUCCAGGAAGCUGAUUUCCAGAAGGUGGUGAAGUUCAUUGAUGAAGGAAUCCAGAUUGGACUAGAUGUCAAAAAGAAAACUUCUAAGCUCCAGGAUUUCAAAUCCUUCUUGCUGGCCGACCCAGAGACGAAGCAGAGACUGUCAGACCUCCGGCAGCGUGUCGAGACCUUUGCCCGUGCCUUCCCCAUGCCUGGCUUUGACAAACGUUGAGGUUGUGCCCAACCAGAGACCGGCUGAUAAUUACACCCAGAUGGCCAGGGCUUGCAAGAGGCUAAAUGCUCUGAGUCCCGUCUUGGAGAGCCAAGCAGUAGGACCCCUUUUUCCAAACGGGCAAUCUCUUUGGCCACCUUUUCCUCCUCUCAAGACCCAUUUUAUAGCGACUCAAACAACUGACCUUUUGUUUUAUAGCAGGACUAGUCUCUGAGCCAGAAUACAUGUGUAAUAUUUUUGCCUGCUCAUAAUGCAAGAUGGAUUGUAAAAAUUAAAUAGCUUCACCUUG